ACAUCUUCUGAGCAGUUUUUGCGCGAGCGCAGGAGGAAUGAGAGGGAGAGAGUGUGCGCGAGACUGCUGAGUGUGAGCAGCGCGAGAGCGAGCUUUUGUCGAGAGUCGCGCGAGUGCGUGCGUGUGUUUGUGUGUGUGUGUGUGUGUGUGUGUGUGUGUGUUUGUGUGUGUUUGUGUGUGUGUGUGUGUGUCGCGCGCAGUAGAACUUGUAGAGACAGGAGCAGGAAAUGGCAGAGCGCGCGGAGUCUGCUGUGUGAGCACCAUGUCUCAGUCUAUUUGCUGUACGCUGGUGAACUGUACCUGCGACAAUUUCAGGCCUGGAAAGCUGAAACGUCGUCAGUGUGAGAACUGCAGGCACGGAUGGGUCGCUCACGCUCUGAGCAAGUUGAAGAUGCAGCACACGUAUGAUGGAGGCCAGGUGGAGAUCGUUCACUCCAACGUGGUGUUUGAUAUCUGCAGUUUGAUGCUGUACGGUACGCAGGCCAUCCCUGUGCGGCUGAAGAUUCUACUUGAUCGACUGUUUAGUGUCCUGAAGCAGGACGAAGUCAUCAAAAUACUCAACGCACUCGACUGGACGCUGCAGGACUACAUACGAGGAUACGUCCUGCAGGAUGUGGCUGGCAAAGUGCUGGACCGCUGGGCCAUCAUGACCUUUGAGGAGGAAAUUGCGACACUGCAGCAGUUCCUCCGCUUCGGAGAGACAAAGUCCAUCGUCGAGCUGAUGGCAUUGCAGGACAAAGAAGGGCAGGCGAUCACGGUGCCAACAAUUAGAGCGAACUCGGACAUCCGUAGCUUCAUAGAGAGCAGCAUGCAGCGUCCAUCGGUGCCGCCCACAACAGAGCCUCUGAGCAGACACAAUGGGCACCACUUUGAGAGUUUGGUCAACAACAUGGCCUUCAUGCUGCCUCUGCAGUUACUCAACUCUGUUCCUGCACCACUGCUUAGGUCCAGAUCAGAUUCCUGUCAACAGGAGGUCCUGGCACGGGCAGAAAUUCUGGACUCAAACCCUGAUCCCUCCACCAACUUUAACUCUGAUGCUGAAAGAGAAGAUGUACCCAUGGAGAGAGCAAGCACUAAUUUAGAAUCAGAUGAUUUCACACUGAGCGAUAACUAUUCUUCACCCUCAACACCUUGCACGCCCUCGAUCAGUUCUGAUAUCGCCCAAGCGUCGCCUGAGUCAAAAAUCCGUCCUGGCGUCGGGAUGAAAAAAGGCCGUGUUUUCUGCAGUGCUUGUGAAAAGACCUUUUAUGACAAAGGAACACUGAAGAUUCACUACAAUGCCGUUCAUCUCAAGAUCAAGCACAAGUGCACUAUCGAGGGAUGCAACAUGGUCUUCAGCUCGCUGCGAAGCCGCAACCGUCACAGUGCCAACCCAAACCCGCGCCUGCACAUGCCCAUGAAUCGAAACAAUCGGGACCGGGAUGUGAGAGAUGGACUAACAGCAGGGGAUGAGGCAGAAAAGCGGGACCUCGGCAGGCCUGUCUCCAGUUACAUAGGAAAUUCUGAGCUCAAACUGCACAGCUCCUUUCCAAGCAUCAGCCACAGUGGCAUAGUCUUCCCCAACCUGAAGACUGUGCAACCAGUGCUACCUUUCUACCGCAGCCUGGUGACACCUGCUGAGCUUGCCAACACACCUGGAAAUCUACCCUCCCUGCCGCUAGUGUCCUCUUCAUCUGUGCCUGUAAGUAUCGGAGACAUGGAGAGCAACAAUGAGCCUGUGCCCAAGAAGAAAUCCCGGAAAUCCAGCAUGCCUAUAAAGAUAGAGAAAGAUGAGCUGGAAGAGCAUAGCAGCUCUAACGAUGAUGACGAUGGUCCUCCAGCCGGUAUAGACUCUGUUCUGGACUGUGUAAUAAAGACAGAAUGUGAUGAGCAUGGUGUUGUUCAUCCCUUAAUCCAGCCUUCUAUCCUCACCCAUUCUUCCCAUACAGAAGAACCACAAACAGAGGACAAACACCAAGCCCGUGGGUGUAGUCUCACCCAAUCUCCAAAGUCUUCCGUCAGCAAUUUACAAAGAGACUUAAAUGAUUUUGGUGAUCAAACCUGCAGCAAAGACAUUGAUCCCAGAACCAGUGAUGAAGUGGCACUAAGCAGCACUGCCUGUGGGUCUGAGGUCCGCACCACAGAUCGUGAUGGUGACCUACAGAUCCUGUGUGUAGAUGAUGAAGAUGAGCUUCUCCAUAACUGCCAGAGUUGCAAUAAGAGCUUUAAAAACUCCUACAGUGCCAAAAUGCAUUACCGCAGUGUCCACCUGAAGGAAAUGCACAUGUGCACCGUAGCAGGCUGCAAUGCCGCGUUUCCGUCCCGCAGGAGCCGAGACAGACACAGUGCUAACUUGAAUUUACACCACAAGCUGUUGACCAAAGAUCACUACAUCUUCACUCCAUCCUGCAGAGAUGUCACCACUGAUUCUCACCCUGAAUUCCCUCCUAAAGAUACUCUGAGCCAUACAUCUGUUAUCUUCAAGGGCACAAACCGCAUGGGCCUCGUGUUUCCCAUGAGCAAAUCCUCUGAAAGCGUAGAGGAUCCCAUGGAGGAUGAAGCUGUGUUGGACCUAAGCACCAGAGGAAGUGGUCACUCUUCUUCCUGGGACUCAGAUGUGGGCAGCGAGGAGGAGCUCCCCUUGGAGGACAGCGAUGAGAACGAGAGUUUUGAUGGGCUGAAUUCUAAUGUGGUGAGUCUUGGGCAGCAGGUCAACAGCUCGACUUCACCCAUCACCUGCCAUGUCUGCCAGAAGGUUUACAGCAACAAAGGCACAUUUAGAGCACACUACAAAACCGUACACCUUCGGCUACUGCACAAGUGCAAGGUACCAGGGUGUGACACUACCUUCUCCUCCGUCAGGAGCCGCAAUCGACACAGUCAGAACCCAAAUUUACAUCGGAACCUUCCGACAAACAACACCACCGUCAGUCAGGAGCAGUGAUACAUACGGAUGGUGGAAUGAUCCUAAUAGUGAGCACUUGUGUGUAAGUGGAAAAGCACAGGCCUUCUCGGAUUCUACCUAAAAUUGUUCUAAGUGGCUCAGAGGAGGUGUUUUCAUCCAGUGCAUAUAAUUUACAGCACAAUUUGUGGUUUAUUUCGAUGGAGACAAAAAGCUUCACGUAGCUGAACGUUUACCUUUCGUUUAAAUUCAAGUGAAUAAAAUAUAUAUAAUGUGAAUAUGCUCUGUAUCACAGAACAAACAUUACGAGAUGAUUAACACUGGGCGACUUUAUGGAGAUAUUUACUGCGGUUAGAGCCUUUAGACAAAACACUUUAGUCGAUAUAACACUACAGGGAAACAGAUUAUUUGGCCACAGGUACCACAUACACUAAAUUCUCAACGUUGGAUCCACAUCUGAGAGGCUCUGGCUGGCUGCAUCAUCUCAUUUGCUCUUACCUUAUUUAUUCCCUUGCAAUUUUAUUUCAUACAAAAAAAUUACUUCCAGCUCAAACGAUCAGACUUUACAGAUAUUUGUCGUGUUCGUUUUUUUUUUUAAAUGAACCUUUUUUAUUUGACAUUAUAUUUAAUUUGACAUUACUUGGAUGGAAACUUGACGCAUCACAACAAUUCCAGUGAACAGGUGGAUCGAUCUCGUAUCUAGAAAUUAAAACUCCGCCUGAAACAGAAGCACAUCCUGUUAAACACGAGCAAACAAUUAAACCGCUUGACUUCAGUGUCGAGUGUUAUUCCUGUCUUUACAAUCACAGUGCCAUGACAAUCACUUUGUAUAUGGAAAGAACAAAGUUUUAGUAAUCUUUCUCUGGCGAGCAACAAACCUAGCAGUAAAGCUAACACAUUGUAGCUGCACAGCUAUCAGAAAGGCUAACAGUUGCAGAAAAAAUCAACAUGACCAGGUACAGAAGCUCCCAAAGUAAAAAAACAAAGGUGCUAACAGUAAGGCUAGUGAUGCUAUUAUUACCACUAUAGCUAGUAAUAACUAACUACAGUUAGCAUGUCUGUGUUGAGACGCUAAUGAGAUUCCAUUAGCGAUUUCAGAGAAUUAAAACAAAAGACUUGGUGAAUAACUGAUUAAAGAUCCGCUGACUUUUUCUGCUCCGCUGUUAGAGAAUUAUCUACUAUAAAUUAAACUAAAUUACUAUAACUUGUCAUGAAAACAGUUUAAUCAUGUAACAGUCUUUAAACCUGCCAGAUUUUUUUAUUUCUUUCCUGAAAACAUUUACGGUAUUUAGCAGACGCCUUUAUAUUGAGCGACGUACAUUUGAUCUCAUUUUAUACAACUGAGCAAUUGUGGGUUAAGGGCCUUUCUCAGGGGCCCAGCAGUGGCAGCUUGGUGGACCUGGGACCUGAAGGAACCUUCUACCAACCAACGCCUUAACCACUAGACCACCACAUCCCCAACUUUAGAGAGAGUUCUCAGCAUGCUGCACUUGAGAAGAAUGAAAUCACUGAUAUUUCAGACUCCAGAUUUUAUUCUAUAUUCUUUUAAACAUGUUUUUAAAUCUGUAUUCAAAUUCAGAGCAGUGAUUGGGUGGAGACUGGGCGGGGACAGUGACAUCAUCAAUAUUGUGUCAGCUUCUGUGGACCAAAUGCUUUUACUUACCGUAUUGUAAUCAUGAUUAUAAGGUUAUUGUUCUUUUCUCUAGCAUGUGCUGUGUAAAUGUGUUAGCGUCAUCGCACUAGCGUCAUCGCACUAGCAUCAUCGCACUAGCAUCAUCGCACUAGCAUCGCAGCCUAGUUGUAAAACCUUUGCUUUGUUGGGAUUUAGUUUAUUUAUUCGUUUUUUUCAGCAGCCCUGUACUACUGCAGUUACAGCAAUUUGUCCUUAUUUGUAUAACACAUGUUCGUGAUCUUUAUAUUUUUAAACCAAAAGAAACUUGUGAAAGUGUGUAACAUGCGUAACGUACGAAACAGGAAAAGUUUUUUGAUAUUUUUUUUUUACAGAACCUCCAUCAGACAAGAGGGCGGAGCUAAAAUCAGGAAGUAGAGCAUUGUUAGAUCAUUUUUAUUUUAUUUUUGCACUAUAAUGGACAGGUUCUACAACUCUGAUCAUCUGAUAAUCAAUAACUGAAAGUAUUUGCCCCCUCUUCACACAGCAUUACUGGGAGGGGCAUUUGGAUUAUUUUUAACUCCCAAAAUAGCCCCUCCCCCCCACUGCCUUUAUGACCUUAUUAAGGGGGAAGUUAAUAAGAAACAGUUUUUGUUGGUGUUGAGUUAAAGCCCACACUCUGGACAGUUCGCUACAGUGGUGCAGGAGGUGCUACAGAUUUAUCCUGAGUUUCAUAUCGUCGUUUAAACAAAGACAUUACUGAAGUGUUUCAUUUUAUUCGUCCUGAAGAAAUUUUAAACACUGUAGAUAAUCAAACACUGCUCUGGAAAACGACAGAACACUAAUUUCACUCAAGUUCCUGCUCAUGUGAACCCCACACUCUGAUGCUUGAUUUGAGUGAAACUCUACCUUGUGAGUCAGGUGUGUGUGUGUGUGUGUGUGUGUGUUCAGUUGAUGGUGCAGGAUUCACCUGGUGUCUGAUGUUCAGUAAUGUAUCACAUUGAUGUUUCCUCAUGAUGAUUGUUGUUUUAACGUUUCAGGAUAUUUUGUGACAUUCCAUGAAUUCCGUUGUGUUGCUGUUGUGUAAAUUAUUGUACAGUGUUGUGUUGUUUUUUUUAUUUGUUCUUAUAAACACUAAAGCUGACCAAAGAUUCUUCAUAAUAAAUGAGCAGUAUUAAUAAUAAUAAUAAUAAUAACAGUAAUAACAGAACCUUUUUAAUUACGCAGUCUGCGUUUGUAUUUUGUGAGUUUUUUACGAUCGAUAAAACAGAACUGUUUAAUUGUUGUAGCGUAGCUGGGCGUAUGCUACACAACGUCAAGCCUGAGUUCAUUUAAUCCCACACAAGUCAGUAGAACUUUCUAACUAUCUGACAAUUUAAUGCCAUUGUUGAACUUUAUAAUGAAACAAUUAUUAUAUGUAAUUAAAACAUUACUGAUGAUGAUUGGCUGAUCAGAAGCUCCGCCCUUAUUGACAGAAAUGUGGCAAACCCUGGAACUGUUCAAAACAAAUAUUAUAGAAUAGCAAUAUAAGCUAAGCUAACAGCCUCCAAAACUAGCUAGCUAGUCAGAUCUUACAAAUCGGUGUAUACUGGUUAAAAUGACUUGUUUGUUUAGCAAUAUUAGCUAAGCUAGUUAACUGCACAAACACAGUAACAGGUUUCCUUCAUCUUCUCAGCAGCGUCUCACUCCCUGAUAUCCGGAUAUGGUAACAGGAAGUGACGCUAAUGUGUUAAUUUAUGCUAAUGUGUUUAUUAUGUAUAGCGUACGCUCAGUUACACAUGUAAUGAAAUGAAAUGUAAAAACUCCUACACACACACACACACACACACACACACAUUUUUACAGUAUUGCUGUUGUCAUGUCACAUUUAUGCCACGUCUGCUCUUAAACAAUUUCAAAUGUUCAUGUUUUCAUUCUUGAUUUAUUGUGACAAAUAAAAAGCCAUGAUUUCAGAA